AUGACUGACGGACCGGAUACUCGCACGACGAACCCCUCCGCGAUCCCCGCUCUGGCACCGUACGGGGGUUCGGUCGCGCCUUCUACGGACGGGUCAGGCGAAGCGUGCGGCGGCGGAAGCGUUGGCGCUUCCGUCCAGACAGUGACUUUCCGCUUCCCCGCGCUCACGGGGAGGAAGCGCCGCCAGCGGGUCGGGGGAGCGUUUUUCGCGGCGGGAGAUGCGGAGCGGGAGCUGCUGGCGAAGCAGCUGUCGCUACUGGUAACCGCGGAGGAGGUAGAAGCCAUCAUGCGACAAGUCCGGGGAGAAUCGGACGACGCGGGGGAGUCCUUGGCGAGCGAAAUCGACGGUGCAGGUGCAGCCAGUGAGGAAGGCAGGGGAGAAGGUGACGCCAUGGCAGUUAGCACGGAGACGAAAGAUAUUGACUCAGGAAAUGCAAGCGCCAUACCUUCUUCAAGUGAAGCUGCAGAUUUACUAUACGGCACUGUCGCGCAUAACGCAGAUGCGCUCUGGCCCUGGACGCGCAUCACCAGGCCAUGCACCGCGCCAUGUGUGCCACGUGUGGCAAGGCGUUUUCCCUCCAAUCGCCUGCUCAACAUCCACGUGGCAGAAGCCCAUGACUCCUUCUUCCAGGCGAAAGUGGCGCGAGGCGCGGCCAUGUACGAGUGCUUAGUGGAGACAUGCACACACCGCUUCCCCUCAGACGCCGUUCGCCAUCAGCACCUGGUGGACCGGCACCACUACCCGCCCUCCUUCCACUUCCACUCGCUCUCGCACUCCCACCCCUCCCAGCGCAGACGACGACAGAUGGCGCAGCACACGGGGGAGGGAGGGGGGAGGGAAGGAGGGAUGGGAGAUGAUGUGAAUAAGGGUGAUGCAGAUGUGAGUGGGCAGAAAGGAGCUUGUGGCAAUGCAAGUGGAAACGAUGUCGCAGAUGGCGUGGGUGGCACAGCUGACACAGUUGGGACAGCUGGCGUAGCUGGCACAGUGAAUGCUAGCGAUGCAGUGCAUGCAGUACCAGGGGGUGAUGGCACACCAAUGUGCGGAGCCACAGGAAACCUACCAGGUCCAUUGGAACCAGCGGGGUCAAGCUCAGUUCCCCCUGACUCAGGUGGGAUGGAUGUGGACAAGCUUGCAGCGGCUCUCCCUCACGCCUUCCACCACCCGACUGCAACUGCCAGCCGCUUUGACAUCAGCGACCGCAGGAGCACCAGCAGCAGCGCCACGAGCGGGGAUGUCUUACUCACUGACGCUUCACGGAUAAACAAGGAGCAUAGCCGAAGCUGGAAUGAGGAGCGCGACACCCUCGUCGCUGCGGCCUCCGAGACUGCCAUGGCAGCGGCCAAACAGCCGCGCCGCCAGCGAGCUGCUGGCAGAUGCCUCUCCCCGGCGCGGCUGUCCAAGUGGCGCGAUUUCAUUGGCUCGCUCCGGCCGUCCAUCGUGGUGGCGAAGGACGGGUCCGGAAACUACCGCACCAUCUCGGUAAUCCCAGGGUUGCUGGAAGUCAUGGCGGUGGCUCCCAAGGGCGCGGUGAUCUACGUGCGCGCGGGCGUGUACGAGGAGCAGGUGCGCGUGAGGCAGGACCGCGUGGUGCUGCUGGGGGAGGGGCACUUGCGCACGGUCAUUCGGGCGGGGCGCAACCAGGCGGAGGGCACUUCGCUCAUGGACACGGCUACUCUCAGCAUAUACGGGUCUAAUUUCGUGGGCAUGGGGUUGGGCGUGGAGAACACAGCAGGGCCACAAGGCAAACAGGCAGUGGCAGCGCGGUCAGAUGGUGACAAAACAGCCUUCUACCACUGCCGCUUCUCGGGAUAUCAGGACACACUCUUCGCUCAAGAAGGCCGCCACUACUACAGCCAUUGUCUAAUAGAGGGCACAACGGACUUUAUUUUCGGCGAAGCUGCUGCUGUGUUCUAUCGCUGCACGCUUGCUGCUCGGCCGAGUCCUGAACCUGUGUACAUUGCGGCAUCAGGCCGUGCCUCUGCUACAGACAGCACCGGGUUUGUGUUUAUCCGAUCAGAUGUGACGAGCAGUGAGCCGGGAACCCAGGCGAACCAGCAGGGGAGGGUGUAUCUGGGCCGGCCGUGGGGCAUGUAUGCGAGAACAGUGUUCAUUGAGAGCAGGAUGAGUGGUGUAGUGAAUGUUGAAGGGUGGGCUGCUUGGCAUGGGCGGCCAUCUAGUAGGUUCCCGUUCUUUGCAGAGUAUGGGUCGCAUGGGCCUGGGGCCGCGGAGGGGAGCAGAGCAGCAUGGGUGCAACCUAAGGUCCUUGGGAAGGAUGAGGUGAAGAAGUUUUGGCCCGGAAGGUUCAUCAGGCUGCAUACAUGGAAAAACCAAACAAGAAUUCCCUGCUGA